AACAACACAAUCACACUUAUUUUCUCUGAUCAUUUUUGGAUCAAACGCUGAAACCCUAAUAUUCAAAAUCGAGAAAACGUUCUCACUUGCAGAUUCUCGAAGCAGUCCUCAUGGACGGUACUGCCAAAGAAGAAGAACAAGACGGAAUGUCCGUACACUCUCCGUGCAAAGCUCCCCCUUCUUCCACUUCUUCUCUUUCCAAGGCAUCUCUAAAUGAGCAAUCUCAAGUUGAUUUGGAACUCCGAAUUCUUGAAGCUCUUGAAAUUUAUCCUCUUGUCAAGCUACAAGGCAUUCAUCGUCACUUUAUCCUCUAUAGUCUAAUGGAAUUUAUGCGAAGAAGCUUUGAACGGAACUUCACUUCUGAGGAGGUUUUGCAGUUGCUGGAUCGUUUCUACAACUUAGAAAUGCUGAAACCAGAUGAUGAGGACUCGGAGUUCUUAAGUCAAGAGGAAGAAUUUUGCUUGCCCCAAAGUUAUUUUGCCAAAGAAGAAUCGUAACUCACAAAAUUUAGGUAUUGCUUAUGGCAGUCAUUGGCACUAUUAUUGAGAUUUGAGAUUGUUUUACUAAUGAUUGUCACUCAACUUGAUGUUGGAAGGACCAAGAAGUGGGCAGUAGUUCCAUGUCGAUACCGUGUGAAAUGUAACCAUCACAGAGGCAAUCUUGCUACCAAAGAGAGCCAAAUGUGAGGGAGUGAAUUCUUUUACUGAUUUCAUAAUGAAGUUACUUUUGAAGAUUUAUAUCUGUUUAUAAGGCUUUGUAAAUGAUUAUUUAUCUAAGAUAUGGUUUUUUUUGAAAUACGAUGCUAAGAUUAGAUUGUUC